AUGAACCAAAUUGGCACCUUACAACGUGCUGGUGAUACUCGUUGGGGUUCUCAUUUGAAAUCAAUUACAAGCUUGGUAAAUAUGUUUAGUGCAACAUGCACAGUUCUAAUUAAUAUAAUUGAUAACGGAACUACUUAUUCUCAACGAGGAGAUGCUGAUGCAGCUUAUGAGGCAAUGACUUCAUAUGAAUUUGUCUUUAUCUUACAUCUUAUGAAAGAACUUAUGGAGAUCACUAAUGAUCUUUGUCAAGCUUUGCAAUGUCAAUCCCAAGACAUCAUAAAUGCCAUGAAUCUUGUUUCUUCCACUAAAGCACUCAUCCAAGAAUUAAGAGAUGAUGGAUGGGAUUCUUUGCUUACCAAGGUGAAUUCUUUUUGUGAAGCACGGAACAUAGAUAUCCUAGAUAUGAAUGCUCGUUAUGUUGCAAGACGAGGUCGAGCUCGCCAUCAACAAGAUGAUUUUACGAUUAAGCAUUAUUACAUGAUAGAUAUUUUUUAUGCUGCAAUAGAUUCUCAACUUCAAGAAUUAAAUAGCAGAUUUAGUGAUCAAACAACAGAGCUGCUUAUUCUGGGGUCGGCUUUGGAUCCUCGUGAAGUGAAUAAAUCUUUUAGAAUUGAUGAUAUUUGUCAAUUGGUAGAUAAGUUCUAUCCGCAAGACUUUGAAGAUCAUGAGAAGAUAGAUCAAGAAUUCCAACCGUACGAUGAUGAUGAUGAGCUACUUCCCUCCGGUGGGGUGGGAGUUACUAUAGGGGAAGAGAUGGUUGAAGAACAAAAUCUAACACAUGGGCGUGAGAUGGCUGACGAACGUGAGAGAAUUGCAAAUCUUCUUAUGUCUGGUUAA